AUGGCUUUUGUGUCGCCGCUCCUCGGCGCACCUUUGCGGUCCUCGACGUUCGCAUCAUCCGCAUCGGCGACAUCCCCUCGCCGUCGAAAUGCCACUCGUCGAAGUCCCCGCGCUGCGCUCUCUUCUCAAUCUUUUCGAGAAUAUAUGUCUGCCGACCAGACUUCGUCACCCUUUGCGCGCGGACCACGGCCCCAAAAGAAACCACCCGCGCCAGUGCCUAUGGUGACUUUCGGCGAUAACCAGAUGGACGUGUAUUCGCGUUUGGCGAAGGAUCGUAUUCUUCUUCUCGGGCGCCAGGUUGAUGAUGAGGUCGCGAAUGCACUCGUUGCGCAAAUGCUCUUUCUUUCUGCUGACGACCCCACGAAGGAUAUUACCCUUUACAUCAACUCUCCUGGGGGUUCUGUGUCUGCGGGGCUGGCCAUUUUUGAUACCAUGCAGUACAUUCCAUGUGAUGUAGCGACCAUUUGCUUCGGAACUGCAGCAUCAAUGGGAGCAUUCUUGCUUGGCAGCGGGACAAAGGGAAAGAGGAAGAGCCUUCCUAACUCUCGUAUCAUGAUCCAUCAGCCCCUGGGAGGAGCCCAGGGUCAAGCGGCCGACAUUGAGAUCCAAGCAAAGGAGAUUCUGUUUAUUCGAUCGUUACUGAAUGGGUAUAUGGCGUAUGCUACUGGUCAGGAUCUCAACAAAAUUGAGGUCGAUACCGAUCGUGACUUUUUCAUGACUCCCGAGGAAGCUCUGGAGUAUGGAAUCAUUGAUGAGGUUAUUCAGACCAAGAGGAGCCUACCAAAGCCCGCCAGGCCGAUGCUUGCGUAAGCUCUAUGUUUUGACAUCGAGUCCAACUAUGUCCUACUUUCACGAAGGCACAUCUAAUGUCGGUGUUGGCGGUAAACGAUCCUUCUCCGCACAGAAUGACGGUCUAGGUUUCA